AUGAUGCUGCGCCGCGUCCUCUGCGUGCUUUUGUUUGCCCUCUGCUGUGCGUGCGUGUGCGCCACGGCCCAGGAGGAGGGGCAGUAUGAUGCUGCUGUUUUUAAGGCUGCUGGGGGCGACCCGAAGAAGAAUACGACUAACACUACAACUACUACGACUACUACUACCUCCAAGGCGCCCAAGAACACGACCACAACUACCUCCAAGGCACCGACUCCUGAAGACGCGCGCAGCCCUGGCGGCCCUGUGUGGGUGCAGGUGUCGCUGCUGCUGCUGCUCAGUGCCGCUGUGGCGACCGCCGGUGCUGCGUGCUAA